CGCCCCUCAGAACGCGUAGCACCUCGCGGAGCCGGCAGGUCCCGGCGCUGCGGCUGCGGUCUUCGCUCCGGGGCGUAGCGGGCUCUGGUGUGCUUAGCUCCCGUCAGUGCCAUGAUCCGGCAAGAGCUCUCCACAUCCUACCAGGAGCUGAGUGAGGAGUUGGAUCAGGUGGUUGAGAACUCAGAGCGGGCAGAAGAGCAGGAAAAGGAGGCAGUCAGAGUCCAGGGUUCAGGAAUCUUACCAGCCCUCGACAGCGAGUCUGCCUCCAGCAGCAUCCGCUUCAGCAAGGCCUGCCUGAAGAACGUCUUCUCGGUCCUGCUCAUCUUCAUCUACCUGCUGCUCAUGGCCGUGGCCGUCUUCCUGGUUUACCAGACCAUCACAGACUUCCGCGAGAAACUCAAGCACCCUGUCAUGUCUGUGUCGUAUAAGGAAGUGGACCUCUACGACGCCCCAGGGAUUGCCCUGUACCCCGGUCAGGCCCAGCUGCUCAGCUGUAAGCACCAUUACGAGGUCAUCCCACCUCUGAGGAGUCCGGGCCGGCCCGGAGACGUGAACUGCACCACCCAGAGGAUCAACUACACCGACCCUUUCUCCAACCAGACCCUGAAAUCCGCCCUGAUCGUGCGGGGGCCGCGGGAGGUGAAGAAGCGGGAGCUGGUCUUCCUCCAGUUCCGCCUGAACCAGAGCAGCGAGGACUUCAGCGCCAUCGAUUACCUCCUCUUCUCCUCCUUCCAGGAGUUCCUGCACAGCCCAGACAGGGUGGGCUUCAUGCAGGCCUGUGAGAGCGCCUCUUCCAGCUGGAAGUUCUCCGGGGGCUUCCGGACCUGGGUCAAGAUGUCCCUGGUGGAGACCAAGGAAGAAGACGGGCGAGAAGCAGUGGAGUUCCGGCAGGAGACGAGUGUGGUCAACUACAUUGACCAAAGGCCGGCCGCCGAAAAAAGCGCCCAGCUGUUUUUUGUGGUCUUUGAAUGGAAAGAUCCUUUCAUCCAGAAAGUGCAAGAUGAUGGGGAUCUCAGAAAGCCAAAUAGGAUGUCGGCCGUGGAGAGUCCAGCUUUCCGGAGGGCGCCACCUGUAGCUGUGAAGGGACCAAUUCCAGACAGCCAGUGCCUCUCAAAGGAGACGGGGAUAAUCACAGCCAAUCCUUGGAACACAAUUGCCCUUCUCUGUGGGGCCUUCUUGGCAUUAUUUAAAGCAGCAGAGUUUGCCAAACUGAGUGUGAAGUGGAUGAUCAAAAUUAGGAAGAGAUACCUUAAAAAAAGAGGUCAGGCCACGAACCACAUAAGCUGAAGUCACCUUGUCCAUGGAACUGCCCACAUUAAUGGAGGUUCUCACCACUUCCACUUUGAUAAACUGAGCUACCAGCCUCCUGAACUCACCUGGAGAGAUGGCCCUGCUGGGAGGAGCUGCUGGGGAACAGAUCCAGUGGAUAACCUACAAGUUAUUUAAGCACUUAAAUUAUUAGGAAGUUUUGCCUAGGACAUAUGGAUAGGGUUUGUGGAAGAUGGAACUAGGGCUGGUUUCUGAAGGUUUGUCGACUCUGCCUUUCUUUCUGGUUUGGUAUCUAGCUCAGCUACAACGGCUGUUAAGGCUCUGUGUUUACCUUGGGCUUUCCCCCCCCCCCCCCGAGGUUUUUAAGUGGAUGGACAAGGGUGUGGCUAUUGAGAUGUGUAGGUCACGCUUUGAAACCUGAGCACUUUACACAAGGAAAGACAAACACCCUUAUGUCUCUGGCAUCUCUGCUGUUCCCAUCGUCCGGUCUCUGACAAGUUUUCUCCUUUGUUAAAUGUUAAAUGAGACCUUUAAAGCUAAUACUAUAAUUAGAUUUCCUGUGGACUCACUAGCCAUCUCUCUGGUUAGAGUUUUUGUUGAUGCAGGUAUAAGAGUUUAGAGUGAUUAACACGCAAAAGCACUAGUGUGAAUGUACAGAGUUAGGUGCCUAUUCAAUGUAUUUUGAUGAUUUCAUUAACAGGUAAAUAAAAGUAAGGUUAAUACAAAA